UGAAUAUUUCGUGUAUUUGUUGAGCGUACUUUCUAACCUGAAACCAAGAUUUGUUUAUGGGAACCCAAAUAAAAUUUUUGUCUCUUACAAAAUUGAUCUCUACAAUGAAACGAAUUACAAAGGACCGCUGUGCACGUAAAUCAACUUCCUCAGCAGUUGAGAGCUUGGGUACAUCAAAGCAACCAAGGAGAACUAAGAAACAGUCAUUAAUUCACAACAAUGAUGUUGAAGAGGCCCCAAAGGAAAGGAAUUCAAUUCUUGCCAAGUUUAGUGCUUUAGAGAGACCCAAGCUUAGAAGUAAGAGACCUCAUUUGCAAGUUGAAUAUGACAAGGAACCUUCUGAAGUUAAUGUUAAAGAAGAACCCUUAGAAAUUAAGCAAGAGAUAAAGGUGGAACCACUAGACAUUAAAGAGGAAGUGGAUAUAGAUGCUACUAUUAAGAUUAAGGAGGAGCCUUCUUCUUUAUCUCCAUCAUCAAGCAAGGUGGCAAAGUUGGAGGGUUCACCCAACACUAAAUCUUAUUUGAAAACCCCCCAAAAUUGGGAACUAAUGCUUCACAAUUUACGAGAAAUGAGAACAGAGUUUAAUGCUCCAGUGGAUACAAUGGGAUGUGACAUGUGCAUGGAUAAGUCAGGCUCUCCAAAAGACACCAGAUACCAAGCCCUUAUAUCAUUGAUGUUGAGUUCAAUGACUAAAGAUAAUGUCACCUAUGAAGCAAUGCAAAAGUUAAUUGCACAUGGAUGCACUGUGGACAAAAUAUUAGAGACUGGUGAUGAUAAACUGGGGGAAUUGAUUUAUCCUGUUAAUUAUUGGAAAAAGAAAGUUCAGUAUAUUAAGGAGUCUACAAAAAUUAUAAAGGAGGAAUUCAAUGGGGAUAUUCCAAGGACAGUUAAAGAUCUCUGCAAAUUGAAAGGUGUAGGUCCUAAAAUGGCUCAUCUAUGUAUGAAGACUGCAUGGGAUGAGAUUACCGGCAUCGGUGUUGAUACUCAUGUGCAUCGCAUUUCGAAUCGGAUGGGUUGGGUUCGGUCGAAAAAUCCGGAGGACACGCGCAAGCAGUUAGAAGAUUGGCUGCCUCAGUGCUACUGGAAGGAGGUGAAUCAUCUUUUAGUUGGUUUUGGACAACAAAUUUGCCAGCCGCUAAGGCCACAAUGUGCCACUUGUCUUAAUAAUAAUAUUUGCCCUUUUGGGAUUGCUCAACUUAAAAAAUAAUUACUUCUAUUUUGAUUUGGGAGGAAUUUUAAUGUUCAUUAAUAAAGUUUUUGUAUUGUUUUAUAAAUAUA